CCGUCAACACCACAUAUUCCUCUAAAUAAUGUCAUCUGAAGCCAAGCCCACGAACGGCACAAAUGGCGCUGCCGCACCAGAGACGACCGUCGAGCUCGCUGUGGAGCAAGCAAAACGCGCUUUCGCCCUCAAGAAAUACGAACAAGCAGUCGAACACUAUGCCACAGCCCUUGAAAUCGCGACCAAAAAAGCGGGUGAAGACGCCCCCGAAACAGCAGAUCUUUAUUUCUCGUAUGGGAGAGCAUUAUUGGAGAAUGCCAUCUCGCAGAGCUCGGUGCUUGGCAAGGAGCAGCCUGCAGAGGUACCGGAGGAGGAAAGCCACAAAGCUGGAUCAUCUAAGAACGGCCCGAUCCUUUCAUUCUCUGGAGAUGGAGAUGAUGGAGAUGAUCCAGUUGUGGACCUCUCCGCUCAGCCGGAAGACGACGACGGGAGUGAUGAGGAAGGGGACGAUGACGGCGAGCCCGAAGACGACUUCAAUGCCGCUUGGGAAGUCCUGGAUCUUGCCAGGGCCAUUUAUGAGAAGCAGCUCAAAGACGAGGACGACGAAGAGGUUCGUCUAAAGUUGGCAGAUACUUUCAUCGCGUUGGGCGAUGUGUCGUUGGAGACGGAGAAAUUCGACCAAGCUAUCACAGACUACCAGUCUGGCCUCGACCUCAAGCUCAAGCUCCUACCCACUUCUUCUCGUCAAAUUGCCGAAGCCCAUUACAAGCUUAGUAUGGUCCUCGAUUUGACUUCUGGUCGUCUCGCCGAUGCGAUCGGCCAUGUGGAGAAGGCGCUGGAAAGCGUCGAGCACCGUUUGGCUGAGCUCCGCAAUGGCCUUCAAGGCCAAUUUACCCCCGCUCCUACUGAGAAGCCAGACCCGAAAGGAAAGGGCAAACAGGUUGCCCGGCUUGUUCGCGACGAUCUCAUUCAGAAUAUGAGCAAGACUCAAAUUGAGAAUGAAAUUAAGGACCUGGACGAGCUCAAGGUCGAUCUAGCACUCAAGAUCGAAGAACUGAAGAGUUCGCCCAACGACCAGCAAGCGAGUGCUCCAGAGCUUGCUGCCAAAGCCUUGGAUGCUGAACUGAAUGCAGCAAGCUCUUCGGCUGCCCCCACAGUGGUCAACGACCUCACUUCCAUUGUCAAGAAGAAGAAAAAGAAUCCAGAAGACACCAGCGCGGCUGGCAAACGCAAGGCGGAAUCCGAGGUAGAAGAGGCAUCGUCUGAAAAGAAGGCCCGCCUUGAGGAAACCCCAGCUUCAUGA